CAGUCAUGCCUCAUCCAUCGCGCGCCUCGCUUGCGUCGGAGGGUAAAAGAGGAAUUUAGUCUUUUAUUCCUUAAUUAUCUCAUCUGCUCCCGUUGCCGCUCCACUCAACGCUUUUUUCAGAGAGAAACCGGCAUUUCUUUUAAUAAACAAACCAAACGGUUCGAUAAUCUUUUGUAUUUUUCCCCCUCAAUGAAACAAAAAGAGGGGCAAGACGAGGAGUAACUGUCUCCAGCUGCGGUGCUGUGAUGUGUUUCCUUUAUCUUUGUAGGUCGUUCCCUUAACUUGAUGCUGCCGACACUCCUGUCACAGUAUACAGCUUGAGGAUUUAAAUGCAGGGAAGCCACUUUAAUGGACUUGAACUGACCAGACUAGGCAAUCGCCUUUCAUUCCCGUGGAAAGAAAAUAAUAAUGAGCCGCUAGGAGCGUGAAUAUCCUGUGGAAAAACAAAAAAAGGUUAAUGCAUGUAGAAGAACUGGCUCAGCUCUGCCAUCCCUCUCCUCUUACAUCCCACUGUGUCGCUCCACAACCACAACAUUUGGGUGCGGUCAACCCAUGGAGUGUACACGCCCACCCAGAUAGGAUGCUUGCCUCGCCCGACGCACUGGGUCCCCUCCUGCCCAUUGCCACCACCUCCUUCUCCUUACGUGUACCUGCUCUCGUUGACGGCUCCUCCCGGCCCUCCAGGCUGCGCCCUGCCCCGCACCAACAUGGUGGAUGAGAUGACCACCGUGAAAGAUGACGUCAUCAAUGCCAACACGCUGGCUUGGCUGGUCUGCUCGGGUGUGUCCAUCCUGGCCAACACUUGGAGCAUCCUUAGCGUCAGCGCCAAGCAGAAAAAGUGGAAACCACUGGAGUUCCUUAUCUGCACCCUGGCAGGGACACACAUUCUCAACAUGGCCAUCCCUGUCACCAUGUACUGUGUGAUAACACUGCGGAGGCAGCACUCCAACUACGAGUGGAAUGAGGGUUUGUGCAAGGUGUUUGUCUCCACAUUUUACACGCUAACACUGGUCACCUGCUUCUCUGUCACCUCGCUGUCCUAUCACCGGAUGUGGAUGGUGCGCUGGCCUGUGAACUACAGGUUGAGUAACACCAAGAAGCAGGCUGUUCACACAGUGAUGGGCAUCUGGAUGGUGUCCUUCAUCCUGUCCACGCUCCCAGCAGUGGGCUGGCAUGACACCAUUGAUCGUUUCUACACCUCUGACUGCAGAUUCAUUGUGACAGAGAUCGGCCUGGGUUUCGGCGUGUGCUUUCUGCUGCUGAUUGGCGGUAGUGUGGCCAUGGGUGUGAUCUGCAUCGGCAUUGCUCUCUUCCAGACCUUCUCUAUUCAGGCAGGCCAUAACGCUGAUAAAAACAAGUUUAAUGUCCCCACAAUUGUGGUGGAGGAUGCUCAGGGGAAGCGCAGAUCAUCCAUUGAUGGAUCAGAGCCUCUCAAGACUUCGCUGCAGAUAACAUACCUGAUCAGUGGCAUUGUCUUCAUCUAUGACUUCCUGACUGGCUUUCCUAUACUGGUGGUGAGCUUUGCCAGUCUGAAGUUUGACCGUUCCUACAACUGGAUGGUUCUGUGUGUGCUGUGGUGCUCUAUCGCUCAGUCCAUUCUGCUGCCCAUGUUCCUCUGGGCCUGUGACCGUUACCGGGCCGACAUCCGUAUGGUGUGGGAGAAGUGCGUCGCCAUCAUGUCCAAUGAUGAAGUGGAUGAGGAAAACAGCCAAGAUGGAGGAAUUCUUGCCGACUUAAUAUAUGACAGACCAUAUGACUAUAGCUCGGCGCCUGAAAUCGUGAUGAUAGACCGUAAUGCCAAGUUUGAGUUCUCAACCUUAGAAAGGGGGGUUCUGCAAGGGUAUCCAUUGAGGGAACAUCAGGAAGAUAAAAUGCACUAUUUGCAGGUGCCCCCUACAAGAAGAUACUCCCACGACGAAACAGACAUGUGGACCAGCGACCAGAUCCCCUCAUACUUGCAGCGAUGGGGCUCCACCGAGGACGUGAUAGUGACUGCCCACUACAGCUUCACCUUGCCACGCCGCGAGAGGCGCAGGAGCAGCCUGGUCUCCUACCACGAGGAGAGCCACUAUCAUCACCAUCCUCACCGCAAGCGACGGCGAUCUGAGGACAGUAUGCAUUCCCUCAAGCACCUGCCCCGCAUUGUGUGCGGGGGGGAGCGCUACGAGGAUGAACUGCGGUGCUUCAGCCGCGACGAGGUGAUUAACUUUAUAGACGAGACUCCUGUGCCGAGCCCGAGAAAGAGCCCUCGCCGCACUUCCACCAUCUCCCUCAUCCCCAACGUGUAUGAACAGCACGCUGUCAUUCUUCCACACUUUCCACUCACAGACUUUGAACGGGAGCCUCAGGCGCUCAGGCGACCCUCGGAGCGCAAAUGGAGCGGCAGCAGGGGCAGCUCGCUCGAGGGCUCACCGAAACCAGACAGGUCUCCUGGUAAGACGAGCCAUGGGGCUUGUGGCUCAGGAAAAGGCUGGAGUAAAAGCCAGCGUGAUGGCAGACAGCAGGAUGGAGGAGGCUCCCCCGGACGCAGAGCGAGGACUGCAGGGCACUCUAGCAGUAGGCCCAGGACAGGCGGGGGUGCUGGAUUCAAUGCUGGAGCUGACUGGGUGAAACAGAAGCACCUCAGCAACGCAGAAAGUAAAGGCAGCACAAACAGUUUUGUAAGCACACCCUCAGCAUCAUCCUCGGGGUACAUCACCUUUCACUCUGAUUCUGUUGGCUCCACCACCUGAAAGCAUAGCUCCCAUGUCAAUAUAAAUAUUAGGAUCUUAUAUCUAAUUAAAAACCUUUAAGAAAAGUGACACACAGGAACAUAUCAAUCUUUUUACUUGUGCCACUAAUCACUUUUAUGACCUACCAGAGAUAAACAUCGGCUAAUCCUAGAUGGCCUUAGGAGCUUUGGACCUAUUUUCUGACUGGGCCUUGAUUUUUUUUGUUGGCUGGUGACAAUAUUAGUCAGUCCAGCUAUUUACCUGUCACAACACAAAAUCCACACUGAGGAACACUUUUCUGCCAGCACUGACACAAAGGAACUAUUUUUAUUUAGUGUGAUCAUUCCUGAACCUUGUUUUUGUUGUUUGGUUCUUAUAGGAGCAUAACAUAUUUCCAUGUGCAUUGGUAAGGAUGUUUUUGUUAAUUGAUUUUUUUGUUUUAAUUUAAAAUCUUGAACUUGAGUUGUGUUUUAUUUGGCCUGUAAUGACCGUGUGUUUUUGUUGUGUGGUUUGAACACAGGCUUUUCUGAAUAUAGCACAUUUUCCUUCAGCUUUGCUUAAUUGCAAGUAUCAUUUAACCUUUUCUUUUUAAAUUUGCAGUCAUGACAUAAAACAUUUUCUUAAAAAUUUUUUCAAAUAAAAUGGAAAAUGUCUUUUAAUCCCACACUUUUAAUUUGCCCAAUAAUGGUUUCUGUGAACUACUGAGAACGUGAAGACCCUCCCUUUAUAAAAAAAAGGUUAUUUUUAAAAAUAGAAUUCAGAUGGUGUGUAUAUAUCAACAAUUUUCACAAUUUGUGUUAUUGGGGAUUUGUGUUCACAUAAUACAUUUCCUGUCAAAGGUUUGUCUUACUUGACUUUGAUAUAUUGAGGCACAAAUGUAGCUCAUUACAUAAGAAACAGCUCUUAAGACUAAUAUGCAAAUUGUGUUUUAUAUUCCCCCUGCUGGUCCUCAAUAAACGGACUUCCCACUUUGAUCUUAUUUGGAUCCACUCUAGGUAAUACUCUUAAAUCGACAAAAUAAAAAGCACAAAUUAGGUACCCUAAAGUGGAACUAAAAUUCAACAAACAAGUGACCUGCUUCAGCAGAUGUUUUACAUCAUCUCCUAAAAGACAUGUGAAUAUCAAUGGACCUGCUCUGGAAGGUUUUGGUAAUCUGAUGUUUCUUUUGCUUAAUUUACCUGUUUAAACUCCACAAAAUAAAAUUAUGAUUUGAUCUAA